AUGGAUCGCCGCAUCCUCAGGAGCGCGUUGUGCAAUGGCAGCGGUAAGAACUCGGCCCCUUCCUCUCCGGCGGCGGUUUCACGGUCCGCGUCGGUCGUGGGCGCCGGCUCCAAGGACGCCGCCGCUGCCGGCGAGUGCAAGGCGCUUCUGCCGCGGCAGCGGCCGCCCAGCGGCAUGGCGCGGAAGGGCCGCAAGGCGUCCAAACGGCGUGUGCAGUGGAAGGAUAGGCAUGGCAAGAAGCUCACCGAGGUCUUGGAGUUCCAACCUAGCGACUCAAGCGACUCUGAUGAUGAAUAUAUGGAUACUUGCAUAUGCUCAAUCAUGUAA